GUUUUUGAUAAAUGAUUCAAAUGCUCAAAGCUUUUUUAGGCCCCUUAUGUUGUACGGAGCCCAAGAUCAAGAGGCCCGCGUCCCUGUAAUUCUGGCAAAAGAAGCAAAACAAAACCACAACGAACGGUGUUGAUAAAUGAUAAGCAUAAAGCCAAAACCUUCUUCAUUCCAUCUCUCUCCAUCGUCAGAUCUCCUCUCCCAGCGCGCCAAAUACAAACACACCAUUUCUUCCUCUCUUUUCUCUCUCCAUCCCUCUAUACAUACCUACAGUGAUCGAUUGUGAUAAUGGCGGAGGCACCGACGAGCCCGGCAGGCGGGAGCCAUGAAAGCGGAGGCGAGCAGAGCCCUCAGGGAGGCGGCGGCGGCGGCAGCGGCGUGCGCGAGCAGGACAGGUAUCUGCCCAUCGCCAACAUCAGUCGCAUCAUGAAGAAGGCUUUGCCGCAAAACGGCAAGAUCGCCAAGGACGCCAAGGACACCGUCCAGGAAUGCGUCUCCGAAUUCAUCAGCUUCGUCACCAGCGAGGCCAGCGACAAGUGCCAAAAGGAGAAGCGUAAGACCAUCAACGGUGAUGAUUUGUUGUGGGCGAUGGCCACGUUAGGGUUUGAGGACUAUAUUGAGCCCCUCAGGAUUUACUUGGCUAGGUACAGGGAGUUGGAGGGUGAUGCAAAGGGAUCUGCUAGGGGUGGAGAUGGAUCUGCUAAAGGGAAUGCUGUUGGAGCCAUGCCUGGCCCAAGUUCACAGCAGUUUGUUCAUCAGGGAUCAUUGAACUACGUCAAUCCUCAAGAGGAAUAUUAUGUGCCUUUGAACAAUAUGGGAAAUGGAAAUUGAUGCUUUUGUUUAUGAUAUGAGGAAGAAGAGAGGACACGUGUUCCUCAAUAUCUUGCAAUGCAGGCACAUCAUGCGGUUGUUGAUUCCGUGCGAAGCAACAACUGGAAGUUUUAAUUUGUCAUAUAUCAAUUUUUAAGAACUCGAAGGUGGUAAAGUUGUUAAGUUUCCAAUAUUGAUAGUAUCAUUUAUGUGAAUCUGAGUUAAAUCAAAGAACCAAGUGUUUCUGGGGUUUCUGUUUUUGGUUGGGUUAGGAGAGUUUUGUAUUUCGCAGAUGCUCUCAUUAGAUGGAGUUGUUUGUAAAUUUUGCUUUGGCCUUGUGUCUAGUUUAGUUGCCUGACCGUGUGAAGAAAUACUGUUUGAUAAGAUUGGUGCUUUUCGAGAAUCCCCGUGAAAGAAAAAGUUGAAAUAUAUGAAGAUUUUCAUAUGAAAAGUUUGGUUA